CACGUGAUUAUCGAUCCUCAUGCACUGACCUUGAUCGCAUAAAGACCGUUGAUCCAUCCUUGCAGAGCCAGUGGGUAGAGCAGAGGUGUAGCUAGUCAUGGCGCGAGUUGUCUCACUGAGAGCCUGGUCUCGAGCAGUGCUCAGUCGCAGGGGCAGAGUUGCGACUCCUCACAAUCCCAGUCUUACCCACCAUCCGGCCGUUUCAGCUUCACACCUGUGCCUUCGAUGCUACGCCAGUGGAGUUCGUAAGGAGAGGGACACGUUUGGAGAGCUGGAGGUGCCGGCCGAAUCCGCUACUGGGGAGCCCAGAGUGCUCGCUCCAAGAUGAACUUUGACAUUGGAGGAGAAACUGAGCGAAUGCCUUUGCCAGUGAUCCAUGCAUUUGGCUAUCCUCAAGCGAGCGUGUGCUGAAGUCAACCGAGACCAUUUCGGUCUAGACGCUCGUCUGGCGGACGCGAUCGUGUCAGCUGCGACGGAGGUGUACGAGGGGAAAUUGGACGAUCAUUUCCCGCUGGUCGUGUGGCAGACUGGCUCCGGAACUCAGAGCAAUAUGAACGUCAAUGAAGUCAUCAGUAACAGGGCCAUUGAGCUGCUGGGAGGGCAGCUGGGUUCCAAGGACCCGGUCCAUCCAAACGACCACGUGAACCGGAGCCAGAGCUCCAACGACACGUUCCCCACUGCCAUGCACGUGGCAGUGGCCAGAGAGAUCCACGGACGGCUCCUCCCCGGCCUGGCCACACUCCUCCGAGCUCUCACUGAGAAGAGCCAAGAGUUUGCCGACAUUGUCAAGAUCGGGAGGACCCACACUCAGGAUGCAGUCCCCCUCAGUCUGGGUCAAGAGUUCAGUGGCUAUGUACAACAGAUCACCAACGAUAUUGCCAGAAUCGAAGGCACGUUCCCGCGACUGUACCAGCUGGCCAUCGGAGGAACGGCAGUCGGUACCGGACUGAACACCCACAGGGGCUUCGACGAGAAAGUCUGCUCCAAACUAGCCGAGCUGACGAAACUACCGUUUGUCCCCGCACCCAACAAAUUUGAAGCGCUGGCCGCGAAAGACGCCAUGGUGGAGGUGCACGGAGCGCUAGAACGUGACGGCUGUCAGUCUCAUGAAGAUUGCCAACGACAUCCGAUUCCUUGGCUCCGGGCCUCGCUGUGGACUGGGGGAGCUUGUUCUGCCCCGAGAACGAGCCGGGGAGUAGCAUCAUGCCGGGGAAAGUCAACCCCACUCAGUGCGAGGCGAUCACGAUGGUGGCUGCACAGGUGAUGGGGAACCAGGUAGCAGUGAGCGUCGGGGGGAGCAACGGGCAUUUCGAGUUGAACGUCUUCAAACCGAUGAUCGUUCGCAACGUCUUGCAGUCCGUGCGACUCAUCGGAGAUGCCUGCACGUCGUUUACCUCUCACUGUGUGGUGGGGAUCCAAGCCAACCGCGAGAGAAUCGACAAACUUCUCCACGAGUCUCUCAUGCUUGUGACGGCUCUCAACCCCCACAUUGGCUACGACAAUGCGGCCAAGAUUGCCAAGAAUGCCCACGCCAAGGGGCUGACCCUGAGGGAAUCGGCCGUCCAGCUGGCGCUGUUGUCAGAGGAAGAUUUCAACAAGUUUGUCCGGCCAGAAGACAUGCUUGGACCAAAGUAGACUGUAUUGCACUCCGUGUUAGCCAACUGUUUCAUUAGUCUGUGGACAUUGAUCUACACCUUUCCCCACACUUAUUUUCCAUGAGAAAUUUACAG